AUGGUGUUGUUUGUCAAUGAUCGCGUAUUGAAGGAACGAGUACCCAUCCAGUCUUUCAUGCCCAUCGUAAGAGCAGUUGAUAGGAUAUCAUUUAACACAGUUUAUCGUGCGGGAGCAAUUUUAAUUAAUUGGACUAUGCUUGCAAAGAGUGCACGCACACAUGCACGUACCAUACACACAUACAUUAGCUGGGUCAUCUCCACACAAGCCAGGCUGAAUAGUCCACGUCACUAUAGAUACGCGCGUACAUACAGAGAAAAAAUCAUAGAGACAGACGAAAAGACACGCAAAGAGAGAAAGAGAGAGAGAGGGGGGAAAUGUCGCCGAGUUGCGGAUUGA